CCCCUAACAGCUGAUAGGGAUAUCGAUUGAGUCACUGACAACUCGACUGUUUUCAACCCGGACAGAAUUCACUGUUGAGAAGAUGGCGCUGUGUAAGACAGCUGGCAAGCAUGUCCUAAGAUGUAUGAGAUGCCGGCUGCCCUUGUUGACGUCGAUCAGUCGAGGAAUGACCAGUCUAGAAUACGAGAAGGAUCAACACAAUGGUGUGACGGUCAACCUCGCCCAGCUUCCAUCCAGCACAACAGAGCAACAAUUCCACACACAACUUAAAGAGUGCCUUCAGUCCUGGCAGGUGGAGGAUAGGUCAGCAGUGUGGCUGCAGGUGCCCCUCACACACAGUCGACUGAUUGCUGCUGCAGUAGACCAUGGCUUCACAUUUCACCAUGCCGAGGGGGACAAGGCCAUGCUGAAACUUUGGCUUCACCCUUCCCAGUCUGACAGGACACCUCGGUUUGCUACCCACCAAAUUGGAGCAUCAGGCUUUGUUGUCAGAGAAGAUCUUCAACAGGUGCUUGUCAUAAAAGAUAAAAACAGCAAAUUUAAUUUGUGGAAGUUCCCUGGUGGGUUGUCAGACCUGGGGGAGGAUAUAGGUGAUACUGCAGUAAGAGAGGUAUUUGAAGAAACCGGUGUUAAAUCAGAAUUCCAAUCGAUCCUGGCAUUCCGACAGCAACAUCAGCAACCCGGGGCGUUCGGCCGCUCCGACAUCUACGUCGUCUGCCGUUUACGACCUCUCACUUUUGAACUGUCACCUUGCAGCGCCGAGGUGAAGGCUUGUCAAUGGAUGCCACUGGAACAACUCCAGAACGAGAUGGCUCGCUCUCCUAUCACCAAACGUCUGGUAGACAUCGCUAGGUUCGGACUAGAAGAGGGGUUCGACAAUGUCGACAUUUUGUCGGAACAGAUGGCGUCAGUGUAUAAAGGGUUAACGUAUAAACUAUAUCACCGAAGUUUGCCGAACAACUGGAAGGUUUGACGUCAAUGAUGUCUAUAGGCACGGCGCAAAGUUGAGCAAGUUGGUUAUGGGCAUUGAUUAGCAUAUUUACUCCCAAUUAAUGUCUUUCGUUAUUCAAUCAGGGCGUAGGUCUGUAGGCGCGUGCAUUUGGUGCAACUAUAUUCGUAAGAACUAUGCAAGAGUUUGGAUGUGUUUUACUCCGUGGCAAUGAAUCGUAUCUUGCUUCCAAUAACUCGUUUUAGAUCGAUUUAUAUAUGAUUGUAUUUGUUUGUAAUUUCACCUGUUUCUGAUAACGCUGGUGAUUGUAUGCCAACAAGACGUUAAUGCCUACACAUAUUUACGCGCCAACCUCACUGAAAUAUGAGCAAUGAGAAUAUUUUAUAGUAGACGUGUACCUUGGCCUAGCGUGUUGGUAGUUUCGUUGUGAGAGUAAUCCAGAGCGACUGAAAUGAAAGAACAACAGGGGUUUUCCUUUUUUCUUUAGUUAAGUGACGAGGGACUUUUGACUCAGGGAAUCAAAUCUGAAAACGUUUUGUAACCAUGGAUGCAUCUGCUGAGUUGAAUAGUGUACUUUUAAUUUGUAUCCAAACCAUAUUGAAUUAUACCUGUCUGAUUCAGUCGUUUAUAUGAGUUGUAAUCAGAACGCAUCUCGUGUGCAUUUAAAGGGCACAUUGGGUUAAUUUACCCAGAGGAAGUAGGGAAAGCAAUGCAAAUACACACAAGGACGGAAUACUGGGACAUGUAUUGUUAUAAUACUAAUUGUAUUUUGCCUUAUACAAAUUACAUGUGUAGGGCAAGGAAGGAUGCGCUCUCUGUUAACAGACUGCUGAAGUUCACAGCACAAUGACUUAACGCAUUAGGGUCAGGGGUUUGUUUUACAUGCUGAUUGGGUUUUAUACUCCAAAAUAUGCUGAGAAAGCUUGUAUAAUUAUAAUUGUUCUUUGUACAAAUUACGUCUACAGCGUAGGGAAGAUGCACUCUGUAUUUCUGAUUGGCUGGGGGUUACAGCACGAUGACUUCAGUAUUAAGGUCAAGGGUAUGUUUUACAUGUUGAUAUAUAGAGACACAAUUACCUCUGAUUCCUGUAUAUAUGAUACCUAAUAUGUAGACGAUGUCAUAACCCAAUCCAUAUAUACCGAACAAACGAAGUUAAGGAUAAUUGAGUUGGGGGAUGUUAUUUUUAUGCAACUGCUCAGCCAGUAUCUCUAGAAAUAUUUAAAAGUCCUAACAUGUUCUUGUUAUCCCCCGCAACGCGUUUUGCGGGGGGUAU